AAAAUGGAAAGUGCAGUCGAACUUAGGUAUGCUCAGUAGCGCGACAGAGGAGACCAAAAGCGGAGGAGUUAUCCUGAGAGGAAAGAACUGCGGACCAAGAAUGGUACAAUAACAUUGGGAAAGUGUUAGUGGUUUAAUUGCGACAUAAACAGGGUUGUAGGUUGUCUGGAUCUUCUUGUUUAUAUAAGCUUGUCAUAGGACUGAGCUCAAGCCAGACUGGAACCUGAAAGAAGUUGGUUAUGAGAACUUGCACUACAAAAGCAAAGUGGCAGGAGGUAAGAUGUUCAUGGAGCUCUCUGGCCAGCUGGGGAUGUGGGCACUCCUGCUGCUGUGGUGUCUAACUUUAUCAACAGCUGAUCUGCCCUGGCCAUGCCCUCAGAAGUGUGUCUGUCGGCAGAACACAUUAGAAAUCAACUGCUCCUCAAAACACCUUACAGUUGUUCCUGAAGGCCUGCCAGGCAAUGCCGAGCAGCUGGACCUUUCUGGCAACCGCUUGAAGACAUUGGGUCGGCGGCAAUUUUACGGUCUUUCCAAGCUAGAGGAACUGGACCUUAGUGAGAAUAUUAUAUCUAUGAUUGAGGUGGAGGCAUUUCAGGGUCUUAAAAACCUACGAUUCUUGCGAAUCAAAAGGAACCGCCUAAAGAUCAUCGCAGUGGGCGUUUUCUCCGGAUUGCCCAACCUUCGUAGCCUGGAUGUCAGUGAGAAUGAGAUACUCGUCUUUCUUGACUUCACAUUUCAAGAGAUGGGAAACCUAAUGGAAAUGAAUGCUGGGGAAAAUGACUUGGUGUUCAUCUCUCACAGAGCCUUUUUUGGCCUGAAGAACUUACAGGUGCUGAAUGUGGACCGCAGUAACCUGACCUCCAUCCCUACUGAAGCAUUUUCACAGUUACAGAGUUUGACUAAACUGCGCCUGCGAAGACUCACCAUAAGCGUCUUGUCCAACAAUGCCUUCCGCCGGCUGCACCAGCUUCGUACUCUGCAGAUACUUCAUUGGCCCUCACUGGAGACCUUAAACAGCAACAGUCUUAUUGGACUGAACCUGACUACCCUGGUCAUCAGCAACUGCAACCUGAGCAGCAUACCAUACACAUCCCUGCGCCACCUGGUCUACCUACGCUACUUAGACCUGUCCUACAACCCCAUCAGAUCUAUACAAGGUAACUUGCUGAGGGAAUUGCUCCGGCUACAAGAGUUCCACUUGGCUGGUGGAAACCUGCUGAGCAUUGAGCCAGGUGCAUUCAAGGGUCUAGUCUACUUCCGGUUGCUCAAUGUGUCUUCAAACCGACUCACCACCCUGGAGGAGAGUGCCUUUCACUCAGUGGGGAACCUACAGACCUUGCGGCUAGACCGGAACCCCCUGGCAUGCGACUGCCGGCUGCUGUGGGUAGUGCGACGUCGUCUGAGACUGAACUUUGAUGGUCGCCAGCCAGCAUGUUCUGGCCCUGUUCUUGCACGCAGGCGGGAAUUCCGGGAGUUUUUGGAGGUGGAGCUCCCAGUGGUGUUUGCUUGCAGACAGGCACGGAUCCUGAACCGGCAAUUGCAAGAAUCAAAAGCAGAGGAGGGAGCAAAUGUGCAGUUUGAGUGCAGAGCAGAUGGGUAUCCUCCGCCCUCUAUAUCCUGGCUGUCACCCGAGCAGACACCACUCAGCUCCAUGGGGAGAUUACGGGUGCUCAACAAUGGGAGUUUGGAGGUGCGUUAUGCCCAAGCACAGGACACUGGGAAUUACCUGUGUAUUGCAGCUAAUUCUGCAGGGAAUGACAGUAUUUCUGCAACUCUGCAGGUGCAGAGUGUGCUGCGAAAUUACACGACUCCCUAUUUCUCUGAUGAGGGAUGGGUUGAAACCUCGGCCCUUCCAUCAACUAACUCGUCAGGUCAAGUGUCAAACCCCUACCCGUUUGACGCCAAGACCCUUAUCAUUGCCACUACUAUGGGUUUCCUUUCUUUUCUGAGCUCAGUGGCCAUCUGUUUUGUGUUCAUGUUCUUCUGGAGCCAAAGUCAGGGCCAGAUCAAACAUACAGCCACCAUUGACUUUGUUCCACGAACAUCUAUGGGUGGAGGUGGAGAUGGUGCAGACAGUGGGAGAUUUACAAUGAAACUUAUAUGAAUUAGUGUAAGGACUAAAAUAGCAGUAGCAAAGGUAAGCAAAGGUAGCAGUAGCAAAGGUAAGCAAAAUAAAGUCAUCUUACUUAAAAAAAAGUCAGCAGUACUGCGGAUUACCUUGUAAUCAGAUCAGCUGCAUUAAAAGCAAUAAGUGCAAUUUCUGCUAACCUACGAUUGGAGUCAGUCUCAUGUCAUUUUAACCAAUUUUAAUAUCAUUACUGUAAGUAUAUACGUUAAAUGAGCCUUUAUAUAUCAUUUUUGUUGGAAGAACAUUAUACCUUGUGCUGAAACUAUAUUACUGUACUUCAAUAGUAUGAAAUAGUAUCUGCCUUGAAUUCAUUAUAGCAGAAUGGACUAAGAAAUUGACAUUUUGUUAUUUUGCUUUGGUAUUCAUAUUAGCUUUUAUGCAUGAAUAUUUUAGUAUACCAGGAUGUUAUGAUCAAAAUAUUAUGAAUAGGGAGAUUAUGUUGACCUCAAUAAACUGUAUUGUUCUGGGAUGUCUUUUAUUAAUAAUAUCCAUAUCAAUUAUACUGUAUAUGAGAAAUGAGAUAAUGAUGUCUUACAGUAUAACAUUCUCUAUUGUAUAAUUUUAGUGUGAAAGUAAAGAAAUAAUUUUAAUAUUCCUAAUAUUAGAAGUAGAAUGCAGUCUAAUUAUAAUUCUGCUAGAAGGCAUGAUGGAAGUACAUUACCAUUUUACAGUUAUUGUGUAAUAUCACAUUUAGAAAGCUCACUUCAAAAUAGGCAUGCAUCAGGUGAUAUCUGCAUUAUUAUAUUUAUAUAUGUUUGAGAAUUUAGCAUUAAUACAAUUGAAUAUUAGUGUUAUAAUGAUACACUAAUUAUUUACUUUUCAGACUACCAUUCUGUGUAAAAUGGCUUUGUGUAAAAUGUGUUGUUUGCAAUCAAGCAUAAUAUUGUGAUCUUUUUGGAUGAAAUGUGGUCAAAUUAUUUUUGUUGCUAGGUACAUAAUAAUGCAUAACAUAUUUUAUGUAAAGUUUUUUCAACCACGGUAAAUUAUGGUAAAUUGUGUAGCAGAAAUACACAAAUGUGCUAAUAAUAAAGCACAUUGUGUUCAUGUGAAAUAAGAUGCUUUGCAGUUGUUGUUAUUAUUAUUAGUUACAUUUAUUCUGCGCUUAUUCUUAUUAUCUUAUCUGCGCUUAUUAUUAUUAGUGCCCUGACAUGCACACAUUCACACAUGCACACACACAUACACAUUCACACAGCACAAUUUAGAGUAUCCAAUCAAGCUAAUCUCCAUGUUUUUGGGAGACGUCCGAGGAAACCUACACAGACACACGGAGAACAUGGAAACUCCACCCAGAUAAGGACUCAAACUCAAGACCCUAGUGCUGAGACGCAAACAUGCUAGCCACCAUGAAAUUAAAUGUAUAUAAUGUACAUA